UCCAGAUACCGGGACUUUUGUUUUUAAGUUAUAUCUACCAAACUGCGUUUGGCAUUUCCCUUUUCCAUAGGCUAGUAAAACGGCCCUACAAAAGAUUUGUACCUUGUGGCAGACAAAGUUGAGCCCUGCCUCCACCUUUAGGGAGCCCUCGAUGUGAGGAGGGGAACCUAACAUGUUAAGGGUCUGGAUGUCAAAAUCGGAGAACUGCUGGGUUUCCGAAGAGGGAAAUUUUCUUUUGGCCCAUGUCAUAGCAGAUUGUAUGAAAUGGCCGAGGCUGCAGAUAUUCAAGGGUGACAAUGAAGAACAGGAAAAAUUACUGAAGAAAAGCUGUACAUUGUAUGUUGGAAAUCUUUCCUUUUAUACAACAGAAGAACAAAUCUAUGAGCUCUUCAGCAAAAGUGGUGACAUAAAGAAAAUCAUCAUGGGCCUGGAUAAAAUGAAGAAGACAGCAUGUGGGUUCUGCUUUGUGGAAUACUAUUCAAGAGCAGAUGCAGAAAAUGCCAUGCGGUAUAUAAAUGGAACUCGUCUGGAUGACCGGAUCAUUCGUACAGACUGGGAUGCAGGCUUUAAGGAGGGCAGGCAGUAUGGCCGUGGGCGUUCUGGGGGCCAGGUACGAGAUGAAUACCGUCAGGACUAUGAUGCUGGAAGAGGUGGCUAUGGAAAACUGGCCCAAAACCAGUGAGUGGUUGAGAGCCCCAUCCUGAAAGCCUGCUCCUUUGGCCUGUUGAAUUUGACAGGUGUUACCCAAGGUCUGCAAACCUGCCUUUUGUUGUUUUUUUUUUAAACCAAGCUUUAAUCAAUGUCUCUACUGAGCUGGAAGCCUUGUCAUGGUUUUCCUCUUAAAAAUUAUUAAAGAACAGAAUCCAAAAGAAUGCCUUUAAUUCUGUAGAAUUAAAUCUUAGAAUCUUGGUUUUGUGUCAGAUUACCAAAAUGAUUUCUAUUACUAGGUCAAAAAUUGUUUCCUUAGCAACAGACUUGAUGUAUAAUGUUGACCUGUCAGCCAAAAACCCACUUCUUUUAGAAGACAGGAAAAAAUUUUAAAGUGCUUACCAUGUUUGUAUCUAAGUAGGUUCAUGGUCUACCUUGGGACAUGGAAUUACUAUUUUUAAAAUUUUAAGUUUUCACAAGAUAAAGUUUAAUACGUGGACUUUUGCUGUGUUAUGUAGCUUUGCUCUAAAUUAGGGGAACAGAUGCUUGAUAACUGAAUUUUUUUUUCUUUGUUGAUUUUUAAUCUGUAAAGGCAAAACUUAAUGGAAAUUCCUAAAGAGUUGGUAUAAAAGUAAGCUUUGGACAGUCCCAGGGAACACCACCUGCUUUUACAUGCUUUGUGUAUCAGGAAAUAAGGGACAGGUAUUGAAGGGUAUUUAUUUACUAAACACAUUUUUCAAAAUGUGAGGUGUGAGCGCCUUCAGAUCGAUUUUUUUCAUUUUCAGACUGAUCUUGGGAAUGGAGUGUUUUGUGAUGUUUGAGAGAAUGGCUUAGCAAAAUCAGAAAUGCUUCCCUCGGGAAAUGUUUUGGCCAGUUCUUAUAUUGAAGUCUGUCUUGUUUUUUCUCUAAUUGUGCUGUUUCAGAGGCUGGACAGUCAGCUGAUGGUCUCUACAACUUCCAGAAGGGAGUCUAGAGGAUUUAUUUUGCAUUUGUAAGGCAAGAGAUAAUUUCUCGAAUGUUACAAGAAUUCUUGCUCAUUUUAAACUGCUAGUCUAGUACAAUUCUCCCUGACCUAAGUGAGUUUUUUUUCAUCUAGCAACAAAGUAUCUCCUAAUUUCCAGGAGUUUGUGAAGUUGGGGCUGGAGUAUCUCAAUGUGAACAGCUUUCAUGUUACAGUGUGUUUUCUCAAAUUUAAGUUGGCUAUUUGGAUAUCUCUAAAUUAGUUGUAAGUAUUUAGGAAAACAUGUGCAAGUAAUUUAAUGAGGACAUACACUCUUUUUUACAGUAGUUUGAAUGAAUGUAUUUUGUAUUAUUUUGCAGUAAAACAUUCAGAUUUCUUUAGGCCUUAAAACCACAGACAGUAUUUCAUAUUUGAAUUGUCUUCUGUAACAGAUUUCAAUAAAAUUGGACCAACUUAC